AGAAGAGAUGUCGACACUUGUUCAUUUUCUUCUGAAAAACAAGAAGAGCGUAACCUCAAACGAACAAGCUUGCCCGACCGUUUUGUCUGUUUGUUUACUUGUUAAAUACACGGGAAAAAGCGCCGUCUCAAACAGUAAAUUCAUGUUGAAUGUCUAGUUUGUUUUUAUGGUGUGGAACCGCAAGAAAAGACCAUCCCGUUCCUAAAUUAAUACGAAUUGUGUGGUGACAGUUCUGUAUUUUGCAAUGGAAGUCGACGAUGACAUUAUGCACGAAUUGGAGGAAGGAGAAUUAAUCGACGAACAGACAGCGACCACUAAAAUCGAUGAAGAUAAGAAAAUACUCAGGGCAAAGCGUUUUGGAAUACCUCAAACAGAAACGACCUCAACCGACCCAGAAGUUGCCGCUAUACAGAAAAGAAUGGGAGUCGAUAAGUACACUAGGACUGAAGCGCUUCACUUGCUUGGAACUGAAACGAUGAAGACCGAAGACGUUUUUUCAUAUUUCUCCAACAACAAACCGGCCUCGAUAGAAUGGAUCUCAGACAACUCAUGCAAUGUUUUUUGGCUGGACGAUGCAAGUUGCGCCAAAGCUCUACUUGAAAAUUCCAUCCACAUCAAGGGGCAGAGCGGAUUUGCAACUGAAACAGAAGAGGUGCUGGGAGAAGAGAGUAUCCAUAUUCAGGAUAUAAGAAUGACUCUGCCAGCUGGAAUCUGGAGGAAAGGUCAUCCGUACCUUCUUGCCAAUAAUUUAUUUAUGAGAUAUGCGAAAUACUCUGAUAAAAAAACAUUUAAACAGGAUUUUGCAAGAAAGUCAAAAGUUUUUCUUGACGAGGGUGAUGAAGUGGCGAAAAAACUGAGAGUUGAAAGUAGCAAUCCUUGGGUCGACAUCGCUCUACAAUGGGGACAUUAUGAACACAAAAGUGCAGCUCAGAAAGCAGUUUUCGAGGCGAUUCCCAUUCUACCAAUAUGUGAUGCCAGGGAACUUAUAAGCAAUCGGGAAAUUGCUAAACCCAAGAGACGCCUUCGUCAGAGAGAGGCGGAUAAUUCUGACAGGGAUAAUCCAGUAGAAGAACUGCCACUGGGAAGGAUGCAAGCUGAUAUAGAGGAGGAGAAAAUUUUAAGCCAAAAAUCUAUUGCUAACAAGGUGAAUACAAUUGAUUUGAGGGAUAAGUUGGGUUGGAAAAGAAAACAUAAUAACGAUAUACCGCCCAGCAAAUUGAUAGACGACAUGGAAUUAAGAUGGAAACAUGCAAGAAAGAGACAUAGAUCGAGAGACUGGGAAUCGUCAUCUGAUAGUGAGAGUGACAGUGUUCCAGACGACCGUCUCGAUUUAAGGAAAAAGCUUCAACGUCCUUCAUCUAAGUGUAAACGACAUCAUUCAAAAAAAAGGCUGAAAAAUUUUGUAACUUCUCCGCUAAGAAUAGAAAUUGACAAUGAUGUUUAUUAUGAAAGUGCGAACCGAGAAUGACUAAAGAGUUCUAUAUGCAUUGUAUCGACAAAGUAUAUAUUUUCUAAUUAAAUUUUUGUCCGACUAGUAUGAUAGAAUCUGUACAUAUGGGUACUAACUUGUUAUUGUAUAAUAAAAGUACAAUCAUUCUUAAA